AUGAGCGCAAAGUCCUCUAGAGUACCUGCAACAAUUGGGACUCGUACACGUCAAGAAGGAUUCAAGACGAGAAAGGGCAAGGAGACUACUCACUCUACAGCGACUGGUACUGACGUUGGUCAUGUUUCUCAGAAGAAGUUGUCAGCUAUCUUGGGCAACGAUAAACAAGCUGAAAACCCGCUUUCAAAGCCACCAAAUUCAGAUUCAGCGGGAGAAUUCAAGUUACCGAAAAGCACGAAAGUCGAGGAUACCUCAGGAUGUUUGGAAAAUCCUGAUGACUCUACUAUAACGAACAAAGAAUCAGUUGAUGAGGCAGUUCGGAGACUUAUUGAACUGAACAAGGAUAAGCUUUCCGAGUCUCAGCUUGUGGAUUUGAUCGCCUCAUUUUAUCUGGUAACAAAUCAGUGUUUAAAAAAAUGUAAAACUGAUAUAACGGCGCAAAUAGAACCGGAAUGUAUCGAAACAAACCCAAAGAUGAUUGGGGAGAUGGAGCAGGAGAGCCAUUCCAACGAGAUGGACGAUGGCAAUGGCAGUGCAAAACUGGCGGUAACUGAGCGGCCUAUUUCACUGUUAGAAAGGAAACGCCUUCAGUGGCUACAAGAACGAGCGGAACUCGAGCUCCUGGAGCGGGAUCGUACCAGGUCCGAGAUGGAUUUGAGUGGAAAGGCUGAUACGAUUGGUGGGAAGAUGCAGUCGGCAGCCACCCGAUCUGUGCUCUCCGCCAAGAACUACCAUCGCUUCCAGCGCUGUCACUACCUUGCUGGAUUGGCUGUGGGUGAGGAUCCUCAUACUGAGGCGACAUUGAAGGAACAGCAACGACGGCAGUGGUUAGUAGAAUUGGACCGUCAAGUAGAAGAGCGGCGAAUGGCGCGAGAACGCGAACGUCUCCAAAACUUCACUGAAACCGCGGAUGGCAUUAAGGAGGGAAGGCGUGCAGCGGGAGUGGAGAGACCCAGUGGCACGGCCCAAUGUGAUGUAAAGUCUGUUAGUUUUGGCAGGGGUCGCGGAUUGGCAGACCUGUUUGAGAAGCAGGAUAGUGACUCCGCAGCUAAGCGUCAACAGCAGCUAGAAUUGCAGAUGGCGUACGCAGAGCAGAUACGUGAGCGCGCGGAGCGUCGGCGCCAAGAGCGCGAAGCGGAGGCCCGAAGAGAGGCAGAAGAAACUGCGCGCCUUGAGGCAGAACGUGCUCGUCUUCGCCAGGAGCACGAGACCGAGCUUUCGCGCCGACGUGAAGCUGAAGUGACAAGACAUGCGGCAAUGGCGGAGGCACAGGAGAGGGCUUCCAAGGAGGCAAAGGUCUUAGAAACCAGGUUGGCAUACAAAAAGCGCACUCAAGGAAAUGUCCGACGUCCGUCACGCAGCACCAGUUACGUUCCUCUAUCUUCGGGUCGAACUUCGUGCCAGCAGGGGAACCUAGCUGGCGUCCUUGAAAAGAUGAAGAAACAAAAAUUUGGGAGCACGUACACGAUUUCGGACCAACGUAAGUAUUGUCACCUCAUUGUCAAACAACUAAAAGUUUCCUCAACAAAUUACUCUGAAUGCUCAAUUGCUUCAGAUCGUGCCGAUGUGAGCUUGCAAGACAAACAGUGUGCCUCAAGUGCUUUACCAACGGUGUACACUGAGUCAACCCUCCCAUCUGUUUCGUUCACCGCCAAUACUGCCAUCGCUGCCGCUCUCCCCGCCUCCGACUUCCUCUCCGCAAUUACAGAUCCCGACUUCGCCUAUCCCCAGGUUCUUAAAUCCUCCCCUCACUUAGAUCUAGUUACCAUCGCCUCACGUGAUUCCGCACUUCGACAGGUUUCUCGGAUUAAGGAGGACCGAUAUGUAAAGGAUUUGGAGGAAGCCUGCUACUCCCGGCGGAAGUCGUAA